AGUUAGUGUGUAAGAGAGAUAUGUCUUUAACUAUGAAUAACGUUGAAGAAGCAGCCAACAACGCAGCUAUGAGGUUGGCCCACUUAAUUGGAGGUUCAAAAAGUUUACAAGAGGAAAGCGGUAAAAGAGAUUCAGCUGACGAUUUCCAGUCAGCAAUGCCAACAGAUAUGAGUGUUCCUGCUCAAGAUGGAGAAUCGGACCUAAUGAAAAGAGAUGUGGAAAGAGUGGAAGGAAAGAGCAAACUUUCGAGUCAAGGAUCAAUGAAAAGUAGUAUGAACAGUAAAAGCACAGAUCGACCUACCACGUCUAUCCGCAAACAGACAACGAGCAAAAGUGACGAGUCGUCUUCUGCACCGGGAAACGCUCUGCUCUUCAGUAUGGAUAACAUCGUUCGCCAAAUUCGUGAUGAUAUCAUAACAAGGUGCACGAAGAUAAGAGAGCGAAUGGGAGCUAUGAGAUUUGAGGAUAAAUUAGAGGCAGGAAUAGUCCCAGAGGAAUACAGAGAUGAUCUCGAGAAGAGGCUCGCCGAUCUGAUGAUAGUUGGCGAAAGAAGUGGAUUGAGCAGACAUAAACUUUGUGUGUACGAGCUGGAGUGUCAUUUUCAUAUCAAAAUUGCUAUGGUACACUUGGAAGGCCCGACGGAUUCUUUAGAUAAAGCAAUUCAGUUGUACAGAAUGGGCCAAUAUUCUGAAGCUCUGCCCAUGCUGGAGCAACAGCUUGAAAAAACGAACUGCUACCUACAUGAACUUAUUGCUGGUUCGAUGUUCAAUCUUGGAAGGAUUGACGAAGCUGGGUUCCACUAUCAGCAAUCUAUCAAGAACACCAAGUCCAGAAACUUUUCAGAGAGAACGAUUCGAACCGACAAGCAGCAGUCUAAUGUUCUGGCGGCCGCUAGAAAUGCGAAGGCAAAGGCAGGAGAAAGUUUAAAGAACAAACAGUAUGAACAUUCGCAGACGUUUUAUGAGAUGUCAAACGACCUUUACUCUGCGAUUGAGAACCGAAGGGAGGCCGUUGAAGGAAUGCUUCUAUGUAUCGGUGGAAUGAACGACGUGAUUCAGGCGCUGGCAAAAGUUAGACCUGGAGAUGGUGGUGCACUGGAAGCAAAAACGGCAUUGCAAGUCAUACUCAAAAUGCAGGAUAAGCUCUCGGACGUCGUUGUUCGCUCUGGUCUCGAUCCAGGAUUUCAGUACCAAUGUCUCGGUAUUUGUUUAAGUAUUGUAGCGAGCGGGUUUGAGGCUACGGGGAGAUACACUGCCGCUAUUAGUCGCUACAGAGACUCGCAAGAUGCCUACUCCAAACUGACUGAUGACAAGCAGCGAGUUCUGCGCAUGCGCGAGUGUGUCAUGAAGGCACGUCAUGUUAUUCGUGCUUUGAUCAAAACACUAGGCAGGGCAAACUCAGAAGGGGAGUUGACAACACCGGUAAAACAAGGAAUGAACAUUGUUCUCCAAAUGCACGAUAGUUUUAUGGCGGCCAGCGACAGGGCAAAAGUGGAGCCGACCUUCCGUGCGGAAAACCAGGCCGAGUGUCUGAACAGCGUCGGGAUCGGUCACUACGAGUUACGACAGUUCGAUCAGGCGGAAACCUUGUUACAAAGAGGGGUCGAUAUUAUGAAGGAAAAGUUUGGAGCCAACUGCAGGCACAUUACGCUUGCGCAAUUGCUGUACAAUAUGGGGCUACUGUACCAAGAUAUUGGUCAAUUGGUAAAAGCAAGAAACUGUUACGAAGACGCUCGCGCACUUUAUAACAGAAUCGAAGAUAUGGCGUCACGUGACGAGGGAAUGAAAAAGACACAAGAGGCCCUAGAAGACAUCGAGUGAAUAGUUCAAAGACCUGCGAUCGAGCAACACAAAACAAACUUGUUUUCGCAAAAUUUGGGCGAAUUUUAUAAUUUUUUUCUGAAAAAUGACUUUUUUCCCUCCAACAUAGGAUGUAUUUUAUCGUUUUUUUUUUGUGAAUCAUAUUUGCGUCUUUUAUAGUCUUGAAUUACGUAGUUUGCCAGAUAUAUUUUUAGUCAUCGAAGACCUUUAAAACAAAGUGCGUAGAGCUUGCGUUUUUGUAACUUGUUUAUUGGUGCGUUUUGCAAUUGCGCGUAAUAAACAUACGCAUUUAGGUGA